AUGUGCAGGGAUAAGGACGGCAGCAUCUUGACUGGCGGACGUGAGGUGAUCGAAAGGUGGAAGCAGCCAAGGAAGCAGCACUGUGACGAACACCUGAAUGGCGCGGAGAACGCAGACAGGGAGGAUGAAGGCCGUGGGAGAAAUGACUAUGUCAGUACAGCAGGGAGUAACAACGAGCUAACACCGACUUUGAGGGAAGUUAAGGAAGCUAUUAAGCAGCUCAAGAACAUUAAGUCAGCUGGCAAGGAUGGUAUCAGAGCUGAACUCAUGAAGAUGCGCCCGAAAAAGUUGGCUACCUGCCUGCAUCGGCUAAUAGUCUGGAUUUGGGAGACCGAACAGCUACCGGAGGACUGGAAGGAAGAAGGGGUCAUUUGCGUCAUCUACAAGAAAGAUGUCCGUGCGAUGAACAACUCCAUCAUGAUGUCCAUCGGUUUCCGUCUUGUGGUCAAGUCCAACCAGAUGUCUGCCGAUUUCCGUUCGGUUGUUUACCGAAUGUCCGCCGCUUAUCGUCUAUUGGUAUCAGUUCGGUAG